AGAAUGCUUUUCCCUGCCAGGACCUGAUGCAAUCCAUUCAAGCCAACAAGUUUGGAGAGAAUGUUGAGUUCAAUCAAUUCAGAACGUCGAGAUGGAGCCCAACUCACUCCAGUGGGUCGGCUCACCGUGUGGCUUGCACGGACCUUACAUUUUCUACAAGGCUUUUCAAUUCCACCUUGAAGGCAAACCAAGAAUCUUGUCCCUUGGCGACUUUUUCUUUGUAAGAUGUACGCCAAAGGAUCCGAUUUGCAUAGCGGAGCUCCAGCUGUUGUGGGAAGAGAGGACCAGCCGGCAACUUUUAUCCAGCUCUAAACUUUAUUUCCUCCCAGAAGACACUCCACAGGGCAGAAAUAGCGACCAUGGCGAGGAUGAAGUCAUCGCAGUUUCCGAAAAGGUGAUUGUGAAGCUUGAAGACCUAGUCAAGUGGGUACAUUCUGAUUUUUCCAAAUGGAGAUGCGGCCUCCGGGUUGAGUCGGUGAAAACAGAGGUCUUGGGGAGGAAUGGACAGAAGGAAGCCCUGCUGAAGUACAGACAGUCAACCCUCAACAGUGGACUCAAUUUCAAAGAUGUCCUUAAGGAAAAGGCCGACCUUGGGGAGGACGAGGAAGAAACGAACGUGAUAGUGCUCAGCUACCCUCAGUACUGCCGGUACCGCUCCAUGCUGAAACGCAUCCAGGAUAAGCCUUCGUCCAUCCUGACGGACCAGUUUGCAUUAGCCCUGGGCGGCAUCGCCGUGGUCAGCAAAAAGCCUCAGAUCCUGUACUGCCGGGACACCUUUGAGCACCCAACGCUCAUAGAAAAUGAGAGUAUAUGUGAUGAGUUUGCGCCAAAUCUUAAAGGCAGACCACGCAAAAAGAAAUCAUGCCCACAGAGAAGAGACUCAUUCAGUGGCACUAAGGAUUCCAACAAUAAUUCCGAUGGCAAAGCCGUUGCCAAGGUGAAAUGUGAGGCCAGGUCAGCCUUGACCAAGCCGAAGAAUAACCAUAAUAACUGUAAGAAAGGCUCCAAUGAAGAAAAACCAAAGGUCUCCAUUGGUGAGGAGUGCAGGGCGGAGGAGCAGGCUUUCCUCGUGGCCCUUUAUAAAUACAUGAAAGAAAGGAAGACGCCCAUAGAACGGAUCCCCUAUUUAGGUUUUAAACAGAUUAACCUUUGGACUAUGUUUCAAGCUGCUCAAAAACUGGGAGGAUAUGAAACAAUAACAGCUCGCCGCCAAUGGAAACAUAUUUAUGAUGAAUUGGGCGGUAAUCCAGGGAGCACCAGCGCCGCCACUUGUACGCGUAGACAUUAUGAAAGAUUAAUCCUCCCAUAUGAAAGGUUUAUUAAAGGAGAGGAAGAUAAGCCCCUGCCUCCGGUCAAACCUCGGAAACAGGAGAACAGUUCACAGGAGAAUGAGAAUAAAGCCAAGGUAUCAGGAACCAAGCGCAUCAAACAAGAAAACCCCAAGAGCAAGAAAGAGAAAGAGAAUACCCCGAAGCCCCAGGACGCAUCAGAGGUGUCAUCCGAGCACGAGAAGGAACCAGAGACUUUAAACCAGAAAAGUGUCACAGAGCCGCUCCCCACGACAGAUAAGAAGAAGAAAGCGGAAGUGCACCAGGAUUCGGCAUCAAGGCCCCCAACGUCCAGAUCACACCCAGAGAAGGACAAUGAAACAGACCAAGUUUCCAGCAGUGAGCAGGCGGCAGAGGAGGGGCCAGAGAAGGGCCCUGCACCUUUGCUCCCAAGUGUACCUCUGGCCCCAGAAAGGGACCCAGCUGUUCUCCCAGCAGCUGGCAAACCGUCACUCACCUCCGCCAGUGCCCAAGUAGACUCAAAACAAGAGCCCAAACCUUGCCGUUUCACAGAGAGCCCUGACAACGAACUCCAAGAAGCAACCAGCUUCCCAACAGCACAGCCACCCUCGGCCAACGCACAUGAGAUGGAAGAGGGCAAAUUACCAGCGAUGGCAGACUACAUCGCCAACUGCACCGUAAAGGUGGACCAGCUAGGCACCGACGACAUCCACAACGCACUCAAGCAGACACCAAAAGUCCUGGUGGUCCAGUCUUUUGACAUGUUUAAGGACAAAGACCUGACCGGGCCCAUGAAUGAGAACCAUGGACUCAAUUACACUCCCCUGCUCUACUCAAGGGGCAACCCAGGCAUCAUGUCCCCAUUGGCCAAGAAGAAACUUCUGUCCCAAGUGAGUGGGGCCAGCCUCUCCAGCAACUACCCGUAUGGCUCUCCCCCGCCUCUGAUCAGUAAGAAGAAGCUGAUCGCCAGGGAUGACCUAUGUUCGGGCUUGUCACAGGCUCACCAUAGCCACAACACUGACCACCUGGCAGUCAACCGGCCCUCCGUGAUCCAGCACGUCCAGAGUUUCAAAAGCAAGGCCUCUGAGGAAAGGAAGACCAUCAAUGACAUUUUUAAGCAUGACAAACUGAGUCGAUCGGACGGCCCCCGCUGCGGCUUCUCCAAGCAUCACCUGAGCCCCCUCGCUGACUCCUACGUCCUGAAGCAAGAGAUGCAAGAGGGCAAGGAUAAAGUAUCAGAGAAAAGGGCUCUCCCCUAUUCCCACAUGCCCAGCUUCCUGGCCGACUUCUACUCGUCUCCACAUCUCCACAGCCUCUACAGACACACCGAACAUCACCUUCACAAUGAACAGACAUCCAAAUACCCUGCCAGGGACAUGUACAGGGAAUCGGAAAACAGCGUGUUCCCUCCCCACAAACACCCAGAAAAGCUGCAUGUCAAUUAUCUCACAUCUCUGCAUCUGCAAGACAAAAAGCCGGCCACAGCGGAAGGCCCUCCCACGGAUGAUCAGCCAACAGAUCUGAGCCUUCCCAAGAACCCGCACAAACCAACGGGCAAGGUCUUGGGCCUGGCCCACUCAGCCGCAGGGCCUCAGGAGGGCAAAGGCAUCUCCCAGUUCCAGGUCAUAAGCAGCCAGAGCCGAGACUGUCACCCCAAAGCCUGCCGGGUCUCGCCCAUGACCUUGUCGGCGGCCCCUAAAAAAUACCCCGAGUCACUUUCGAGAGCAAGAAAGCCGCACCAUAUGAGACUGGAGAAUUUCAGGAAGAUGGAAGGCAUGGUCCACCCCAUCCUGCACCGGAAAAUGAGCCCCCAGAACGUUGGCUCGGCCCGUCCUAUAAAGCGCAGCCUGGAGGACUUGGACCUCGUGAUCGCCGGGAAAAAGGCCAGGGCGGUCUCUCCCCUGGACACCUCCAAGGAGGGCUCUGGGAAGGAGCAGGCCUCUGAGCAGGAGAGCGACGGUGGCAAGGCGGUGCACGGUGGGCAUUCUGGGGGUGGGGUGGAAGGCCACAAGCUUCCCCUCUCCUCCCCUAUCUUCCCCGGUUUGUAUUCCGGGAGCCUGUGUAACUCGGGCCUCAACUCCAGGCUCCCAGCUGGCUACUCUCACUCUCUGCAGUACUUGAAAAACCAGAGUGUGCUUUCCCCGCUCAUGCAGCCCCUGGCUUUCCACUCGCUGGUGAUGCAAAGAGGGAUCUUCACGUCGCCGACCAAUUCCCAACAGCUGUACCGGCACUUGGCCGCCACCACCCCUGUAGGAAGUUCGUAUGGUGACCUUUUGCACAACAGCAUUUACCCCUUAGCUGCUAUCAAUCCUCAAGCUGCCUUCCCAGCUUCCCAGCUGUCCUCUGUCCACCCCAGUACAAAACUGUGAGCCCCGGCCCUGGCCUGUGUUCCCAACUGGCGUGGCCGACCGAGUGUCACGCGCUUACCCUGGGAGGAUGCCGUAUGGAAUUAGAAGUCAGUAUUCCUUCUAAUCUGUGGGCGAGAGCAGUCCCAGCCAAAGGGGCCAAGAGGUGAGGCGACCAUGCUUGGUUUUUCUGGGGUGACUCCUGCCUCGGAUGGCCAGUCUUGACCCCUUUCCAACAUGGAGCUUCCUGCACUCCCGGGCCAUUUCAAAAUUGCAAGUGGGUUCUGAGAAGGGACUUAUGGGUCCACAGAAAGAACUUACAGGACCCCAGCAAAUGGCCAGACAGCAAUCUGGGGAGGUGGGGGUGAAAGAGAGGGCAGGCAUUUCAAAGGAAGGGGCAAGGAGGCUGGCAAGCGUAUGCCAAGGGAUGCCCCUCUUUUCUUCAAACUCUCCAAGGUUCCAGCAAUGCAAUGUAUAGUGAAACUUCAAUAGACCUUUCCUGUUGACACUAUUACACAAUCCAGAGAAGUAAAACACUGUUAAAUUGACUGUAUAUAUUUGCUUCUUGAAAAAUGAAAAACAAACAAAAAAACUACCCGUAUCACUGUUUGCUUACCUAAUUUAUACACAGGUGGUUUCAUUUUCACCCAGUUCCCUUGUUUUGUUUUGUUUUUAAUUAAACAGUAUCGCUUUUGUGUGCAGGUCUUUUUUGUUUGGGGUUUUGUUUUAUUUUAAAGGCUGACUGACUGUCCUCGUUGCUGAUGUGUGUUUAUCGUUUUUCCACAUCUUAUCAUUUUGAGCAGCUUUGGGUGGUAAAAGUUAUUGUUUACAAAUUGAAGCAACUGAUUCUAGUGGAACAAUUGGAAACAAAUCUCUCGAGCACCCCCAGCGCAAAGAGCGUCCCUCUGCAGAUGUGCGACUAAGGAUUUUGUUCCACCGAGAUGGCAGGGUUGAAAGAGCUUAUAUGCUGCUUAUGCGGCCACAUGCUUUGCUUUGAAGUAUCGGGUGAUGUGAAAAUAUUGAGCAUUGUACUCACCUUAUCUAGGCUGUGAAACUGCCCCACAUACCAGAGGAACCAUAAAAACAAAAACCUCAUUGGCAGCUAGUUGCUGAAUAGCAAGAGUCUAGAGGACAUAUUUGUGGGCUGCACAGAUAUUUUAGGAAUUUCAGAAAUUAAAAAAGGAGCCAAAAUGAUUUACAUUGGCUUUGGCACUGAUCCCUUUCAAUGGUCAGGGGAAGGGGGUUGGGAGAACAGGGCGAAGCUGAAUUCUCUGGAGGCCUGAACACCAGAUACUUUCCCCGAGACCGGGGUCUUUGAAGUCAAAGGUACGGGCAACCUUGCCUUCAUCGAUUGGCUUUAUUCCCAAGAAGGAACCUCCUCGCAGGUCACAUCUUUGGGGAUAAUUGGCUUACUGGAGUACCCAUUUCAAAAACAGUUUGUCAUCUUUGGUUUUGUGGGCCGUGAAGUUUGUGUGUGUACAUUCACAUAAGGUGGCUUGUUUCUUUGGCUUUCUUUCUUUCUUUCUUUGCCUGACAAGGCAGUCUACUUUCUGAUUUCUUUUAUUGUUGAGAAUAAAUGGUCAAGCCAUCCAUGCGGUCAAAGGGUGUGCAGAACAUGUACUGCCAUGCUUGCCACUUUAUCCCAUGUGCCGCCGAGAUGUCCCAUCCAGGUGGAUCCAUUUUCUAAGUGUUAAUAGACUCGAUCAAGAGAGAGAGGGGAUUUUGUUUCCAGGUUCCAUCUCUGCCGACGACUGCGUUUGACUACAUUCGCAGUCCUUCCAUCCGUGCCCUCCCUCAACACUACCUAUAGACAAUAGGACCAUAGCUAACCAAGUCUUUUACCUCUGAGAUAAUGAAUGCUAUGAAAAUUGGUGACAGUUUUCCCCAUUGAAAUAGAUAACUGCAAAAUACUGAAAACUAACAGUGAAACCGAGCUUCUUAAACAAAGCCCUGCAUGCCAUCCAUUUGUAUUGAAAUGUCUCCAUGAUAUGAAGCCAAAUAUCCGAUGUAACAUACUCAAUACCCAAAGGUGGAAACAAAAGAAUGUAGAGAUCCAGUGUUAAGAGUUCCAUUUGCUUCAAUUAAUUAUUUACCUUCCUGUGGAAUAAUAUAUAGAGAUAGAUAUAUUUAAUAGAACCAUAGAUAGACUCGUAGGCUUUAGGUUAUAAAUGUGUGAGUGCGGAUUAUCCUGCGAUUGCACACGCUAGAGGGAGAAAACGAAAAAUCUCAAUUCCAGCUAGCAAGUGCUGGCCAGGACACAUGGAAGAGUUGCACUAAAUCGAAUGGUCCCAGAAUUGGAAGAACAAAGAGACUUAGGUGUUUCUGCAGAAGACCUGGGCUAGGUUGUAUCUGGCUUGCAGGAGUUCGUUUCUCAAAGACAAGGGAGGCUGGCCCUGUUGGAACUCACCUGUUCCUUGGGAAGAGGAGGGGGUGGGGGGCUGCGUUUCCCCCCCUGCAGUGAUUUCAGUGUGGUUUCAUCACAUUGGAGUCGGCCCACACCAUCUUCAAACAAUGGGAACAUGGUCUAGCUUGGGUUUCUCUCAUCGCUUCUGCCUGGGGAAGCUCGUACCCUCAGCAAAAACAGGGCAACAAAUACAGGGAAGCGAGGGUAUAUACUUUCCCAACAGAAGCCGUGUGGUGUUUGUUUUAAAACUCUGAACAGACAUCUUGGAAAUCUUUCAAAAAGACCACUCUUCAUUGGCUGAGAGCUACUUUUUUAUUUUAUAUGAUUUUAUUUUAAGUCUUAAAUAGGGCUUUGUUUGCAUUGUUUGAGUUCAAGGGGCCUUAUUGUUGGAUGGAAUUGCACAAGCCUUUCUUUGUGCAAUCUAACCAUUGUUAUUGGUAGUUUUGUAAAGGAAGCUGUGGAAUCUAAUUGGCAGUGGAGUCAUAAAUAUAUUUACUGAGUGUGACUUCCAAGAAAUGUUGAAAUUCAAAAUGCACUAAGUACUUGAUUUAUUGAGGUUUGGAGAUUUUAAAUAGUAUUUUUUUUUAAAAAAAACUUUCCAUGCAGCUUCUGGUUUAGCUUUUGGCAACAUAAAACAGAGCCCAACCAGCUGAGGUCAGAAGGAAGCGUUCUCCUCGGAAGCGAUUCGAACUCGUAAUAUUUGCCACAGGACUGAUUUAAUUUAUUUUCUAGCUAGAAGCUCUUUAGUUCACUCGUUUAUCAGGGCAUAUUACAGAAGGGUUUGUUAAAACUCAGUGUUGACUUUACAACUUUCGGACCUGGUGCAUGAAUUCUCAAGUACUGUAUUUCACUGUGUUGGUAUGUCUGAUGGAAAUUUCAAGGUGAUCCCACAAAAUAUAUAUAAAUAUAUAUAUAUAUAUUUUAUGUAGUGUGCCUUCAAAGAGAACCAUUUAUUUCUCUUCACUUGUUGUUCCACAGAGUCACAUGUGGUGGUGGUCAGCCAAGUCCCAUCUGGUCCAGUUUUACUCUUGUCCCCGUUUUAAAGAGAAAUGGGAACGGUUUCGCCCUGGCGAGACCCACACCACUGAAAUGAUUAUCUUAAGCACUUAAACUCCGGUGUUGGCUGUUGAUGUGUUUGAUAUUCUGCUUGUCUCCCCAUGGUUGAAAUAUGUCUGAAGAAUAGCAGCAUAAUCUCUUGGCUGUUUAUACUUUUUAAAACUUUCCUGUGUUGUAAAUAUUGUAUACUUUUGGUGACUCCAGCUAUGUACCCUCUAUGCUCUGUAAGGUGAUUAUUUGUACAUAGCAGCCUGGCCCAGUUAUAUUAUAUAAUUUCCCAAUGGAGAGGUUAUUGAGUAACCUUUGCAUUCAUUUAAACACUACCAGAAGAAUGCUGAGCCAACUAUAAACACUCGAUUUUGUAUGUUUUCCAAAUUGUACUUAUUACUGCUUUUGAUACUGUAUUACGUGCCAAUAGUUUCCCAAUCACAUAGCAGGCAAGAGAUAUUUUGUACUUUUUGAUCCACUGUAAUAUUUAAUAAAAAAUGUUACUAUCUGUUUC